CUUUUAACUUGACUCAAAAUGGCUGGCUUUAGGACCGGCUGCAGCGAUUCUUCGACACUCCGGCAGUGUCGUCACCAUAACGGCCGUGAUAUUGCGGAAUGCACUUGGCGAACAUUAACUUCCGUGUGCGCGUUAAUGAAACAAACGGGUUUACUCACCUGAUUCAGGACAUUAGCAGUUGGACGAUAAAUCCUGGAGAAGCUUCGCGGGACACAAGCUCCUUCUAAAUCUAAGUCACUCUCAUGAUUGUGAGGAACUGGUUGUCAACAUCUUCUGCCUUGCUACGUCACUGGGCAUCGCUUGCAACUCAAUUUAAAUCCUCUUUGCACAAGGACGAUAAAUGCAUCUAAUGCAUUUCCCCUCUGCAUUUUCACACACUCUGUGUCUGGUGCUAUCUUGUAAUGGCAGUGCAAGAUCCUGGCAGGACAACAGGUUUUCCUUGCAAACAAUGUGGCAUGGUGUGUCCCAAUAUGCCCAGCCUGCUCGAGCACAUGGAUGCGCACCUUCAAGAAGAAGAAGAACGCAAAUUUAAAUGUGAUGAAUGCGGGCGCGGCUAUAGGCACGCCGGUAGCCUAGCUAACCACAAAAAAACUCACGAAGUGGGUUCUUUUCGAUGUAACAUCUGCGCUAAAGAAAACUCUAACGCUUUGGCCCUGAAGAGUCAUCUCCGGAGCCACACUUACCAGAAAAAAUACUCUUGUGCCGAAUGUGGGAAAGCUUUUCGUCUGGCAACACAGCUGACCACACACCAGCGGGUCCAUCUUGCCAGGCGAGUAAAGGACAAGUCAUACCGGACGGUAGACAUGGAAUAUCCCACAGAUGAAAUUGAAAAUGAUCCAAGUGAGCCGUCAGGCAGCGUCCGGACUUCUACAGAAAAUAGCCCGGCUGACGAGGAGAUGGACGCCGUUUAUAAUCCCCAAUUUGAGACGUCCGAUGGUGCAGCAACUCGACCGUAUAGAUGUGAUUUGUGUGACAAGUCCUACAUACACCAUCGAAGCCUGACCAACCAUAAAAAGACUCACCAAGUAGGAAUGUUUGAGUGCACCGUGUGUUUCAAGCUGUUCAACAACAUGGCUGCCCUCUACAGCCACCAGAGAACUCACAAGACAAGAAGCGGGGCAGACCCCGAUUCAAUGGGUGGGUCCUACACGAGCACACCCCUCGACCAGUUUUCACCUCAGAGCCACGAGGCUCCUGUAAAUUUUUGCCAUUUGUGUCAGGUACUAUUCCCCAAUGAUGAAGAGUUCCAAGAACACAUCCAAAUGCAUAACUCUUCAUCUCUGUCGUUCGGUCUUCAUGAUACCUUGUCCGAGAGCCACAAUAGAUCAUAUGACAACAGUAUUGCUUCGCCUGAGUCAAAUUUUUAUGCAUCUCCACUAAAUAAUAUUCCCUCCGUAUCAUCAAUAGAUAACCACGGCUUUGAUCAGCGACAGGAGCUGAUUAGAAGUAACGGGCAGGUGUACUCUGACUGCACCGAUAACGAAACGCCUCCCUUCAAUAGCACUCAGGGAGAACCCCCUAUCAUAGACACAAGCAUUCUCAAUCCUGCCCUGAUGCAAAACUCUGACGAUGCACUUGAAACGGAAGAGACUUCAAAUGAAGAUUCUCAUGAGCGUCCUUUCAGGUGUCGAGUCUGCGGUAAAAGCUACCGGCACUCCGGGAGCCUCAUCAACCACAAAAGGUCACAUCAGGUCGGCAUUUACCAAUGUUCCAUCUGCAGAAAGAGCUAUCCUCAUCUAGCGGCCCUAAAAAGUCAUCUCCGUCUCCACAAAGCUCAGUCGGCAUCUGUUGGUCUCACCGCUGAGGGGGACUGGCUCUCCUCGGAGCCGCUGACCCACGACAGCCAACAGGGCUGCUUCUCCUCUCAAGACGAGGAGGAGGAUGGCGCUACUACCGUUCUUGGUAUGAAUCCGGGGAACGGAGUUGACCGCAGCACUGGUGCUUUGUACCGUGAGCCGUUUAAACAGGACUUUUCCCAGGACGUCAUGCAUCUACCUCACAACGAACACCCAAUGCAGAGGCACAUGUGUGCAGACUGUGGGGAGAUAUUCGCAGAUAUCGCAGGGAUUAAGUCUCACAGUUGCCCACUGCUGCAGCAGCGACACAGCACUACUAGCAGUGACUAUGACAGUAAUCUGAAUUUCCAGGAGAGUAAUGGUCACCGCCUCGUCGGAAACCCAGGGAGUAAUGUUGAGUUCCAUGGUCUAAAUGGUAGCCACGACCAAAGUUACUUUGAACAGAACUUCCAUGACAAUAUGAGCAUUGAUCAGCUGAAUGAGGGUGGUGAUGCUGAGGAGGAGGAGGACCAGGAGGAGGAGGAGGAGGCAGCAGAUGAUGACGAUGAUGGAGAUCUUUAUCAAUGCUCUAUAUGUAGGAACAACUACACGAGCAUGCGGGCUCUCAGGGGCCAUCUCCGAGGUCACACACAGUCCCAUGGUACUCCCGCGAGCUCAGGGCCUUCCUCCAUGUCCUCCCACGAAGAAAUGAAAGACGUUGAGCCUGGAGAGAUGAUGAUCUGUAGCACGUGUGGAGAAAGCUUUGCAAAUAGGCAAGACAUGAUCAUCCAUCAGGUCCUUCACAAAAAGGACCAGGUAGAUGAUGUAAAUCAUAUAAACACGAGCGACGGUGGUGUAUCUGUAGGAAAAGAGGAAGCUCAGAGUAUCAUCUGUGGCAGCUGUGGCAUCUUCUGCACCAGCUACCAUCAUCUUGAACACCAUGGUUGCACAGCUGAGAGGACGGUUGAGUCGACACAUCGUGAGGAGGGAAUGAAAACAAACGAUGGUGCCGGCCACGAGGACGCGAGUAACUCAAACAAAACUUUGGAUCGUCAGUACAAAUGUGAUCAGUGUGGCCGUUCGUACAGACACGCCGGCUCCCUCCUCAACCACAAAAAGUCCCACAAAACGGGUGUAUUCAGAUGCCUCAUCUGCCAGAAGCGCUUCUACAACCUGUUGGCCCUCAAAAACCAUCAGCGGUCCCACUUUGAUAUUAAGAGGCACACUUGUCAUGAGUGUGGGAAAGCCUUCAAAAUUCAGAAGCAGCUCUUGAAUCACCUGAGGAGGCACAAAGAGAACCAAGCCAAGAUCCAGGAUCUCAACGACCAGAUCCAGGCCCUCAUGCAGAUGAACGGGACCAAGCCAGAUGUAGGAAUGCAGUCGGUAACUUCAAAUGCCAGACAGGCUUUGUCCUCCUCUCGACGCUGCAAGCAGCCACGGGGAGCCAGGAGAGGGCAAGCAAGGUGCGAGACCGCAGUCAAAUCAGAGGACACUGGAGACCCGCGGCCUUUUGCCUGUGACCAGUGCGGACGAACAUACCGCCACGCGGGAAGUCUGGUCAACCACAGGAACUCUCAUAAAACGGGCGAAUACUACUGUUCUGUUUGUAACAACACUUACUCCAAUCAACUUGCAAUGAAGAACCACCUGCGCACCCACUUUGCGUAUAAAAAGCACUCCUGUCAAAACUGCAGAAAGGGCUUCAGGGGAAAGAAGCAGCUGUUGGCCCACGUGUGUGGAGACCUCCGAAGAGUUGGGACCAGAAGCAGGCGGGGCCCGAAAUCCAGAGCCCUUAAAUGCAACCAAUGCAAGCAGGCCUUUCUCUCCGCUGACCUCCUGACAGCGCACACCUGUGAUGGACAUUCAGGCAGCGGUGAUGCGCAAACAGAUGUGGCUGCAGAUAAAGAGGAGCGGCCGUUCACGUGCAGCAUAUGCGAUCGCAGCUACCGUCACGCCGGCUCGCUCCUGAACCACAAAAACACCCACAAGACGGGAAGCUUCAGCUGCUCCUUCUGCUCGAAGCCUUUCACCAACCCCAUGGCGCUGCGCAAUCACACGCGCAUCCACACACAGAAGAAAAAGUACGCGUGUCUCACGUGUGGAAAGGCCUUCCGCCUCGCCAGUAUCCUGCACAACCACCAGAGGGUCCACAGUCGGGUCGCGAGUCAAUUCAGCUGCCCCGCGUGUGACAAGAGCUUCCAGGGCAGGUCGGGCCUGAAGAGGCACCGAUGCCGCAGAGGCCAGGAGAACUCCCCGAGGGCUGGAGUCCAGCAGUCCGAGAGGGGGGACAAGUGCUUCAUGUGUGACCUGUGUGGGCGUUCCUACCGCCACGCCGGCUCUCUCCUCAACCAUAAAAAGACACACUCCGAAAACCUCCACCACUGCACCUUGUGUCUCCAGACCUUUCCCGAUCCUCUCACUCUGCAGAUACACUCCAUGAUGAGGCGUCACUGCUGCCCCGAGUGCGGCAAGACCUUCUGCCUGGUGGCACACCUGCAGAGCCACAUGGAGGUGCACUCUAAGGACCAGUCGGUGGUCUGCAGCCCUUGCCAGCAGAGCUUUCCCAACGCAGCGAGCUACCAGCAGCACCAGGACACGCGGCACGGGGAUCAGGACUCCUUUCAACCAGGCGCGGCUGAAGCCGAGGGUGUCGACGUUUGCUGGGACUCGAGAAGAAUGAAUCCGACCCUGGGGAUCGACGAGAUGCGCGAGCAGGCCCCGCCGCCUCUGUCCCACGUUCCGGGACGCGUCACCAAUUCCCAGACGAGCAACGAGGCCUCCGGCGCGGAGGAGAAGAGCCACGCGUGCGAGCACUGCGGCCGCACUUACCGCCACGCCGGCUCCCUCCUCAACCACAAGAACAGCCACAAGACGGGCUCCUUCUUCUGCUCCGUCUGCCAGAAAGAGUUCACCAACCUGAUGGCCCUCAAAAACCACCGGCGGAUUCACACGGAGCCCAAGCGCUACCAGUGUCUGGAGUGCGGGAAGGCGUUCCGCGUGUCCACGCAGCUCAUAUGCCACCGACGUAUCCACACCAAAGAGAAGCCGUUCGCCUGCCCGCUGUGCGACAAGAGCUUUUCCAGCAAGUCCAACCUGCGGCACCACCAGAAGAUGCACCAGAACAGCCAGAACUACGACUCCUCUUUCAGCACCAUGGAUGCCGACUCCUUCAUGGACCUCGACAUGGGGUCUUUUCUCUAAAGUGGGAUUCCCGGAGCGUACAAGAGGAGAAGACGAGCGCUCCUUUUAUUUAUGUUCUUCAACCCUCUAUCGAUAAUUGUAAAGCAGUAUUUUCAACAACAACAACAAAAAGACCAACGCUCCAUUGAGGACAUGCACUUUUUUUAUCACCGACUUCCAGUCUUACGCCCACAACCGAUGUUGACGUGACCCCAAAGGUCUCCUGAGGGUUUUAGUCAGCUUUCAGUAAGGCCUGAAUGUUUUCCAUGAAUACAGAGGAUCCCAGAAUCCGGGGCGGCGCUCAUUCCUCAGUGACGACCCGCCCGACCGGAGUGAGCAGAGGAGUGAGCAGAGGAGUGAACAGGCCGGGUCCACGUGAGAACAUUAACACAGACAGCGUGUUGUGGUAAGACAGUGCUGCGCGUGAUUGCUCCUCUCUUACUAUGUAGAAUUGUGUUCAGUGCCUCUGUAAGUUCCUUAGGAAACUAAAUAUAUACAAACUAUAUUUAUCUCUGAAUCCUUUUGUCAGUGUCACACUGGGCCGGUUGUUAAGUCGAAUACCUCUGGGUGUGUCAAAAGGUCAGUGGCAAAGUUAUUUUCUGAAAACAUUAUCAAGUAAAUAGUUGUACUGUUAAUAAUAUGAAAAGAAAUGCGUUUUUUUAAAUUAAUUUAUUCCUUUUUAUUUUAUGUACAUAUUUUAUUAGAAAAGCGUUCCAUGGAAAAAGUUGUUCUAAAACUCAUGUAGCCUUUAAGGACCUUCAUCUGUCGUCCGAGUAUUUAAUCAUUACUUCUUAGUUAAAACAGGCAGGAAUGAAUCAGCCGGACGUUGGCGGCGCUCAGGUAAACCUUCUAAAGGAACACACCUGAUGUGUAAAACAUCGCAGGUAAUCCGUGACCGACGGGAGCCUUUUUAUUUUCAUUUCUUCCAUUUCAACACAUACGAUCGCUGUUCAGAUUCCUGGUGAACCCUUUGUUCAGUUAAAUGGGAACAAACCUCCUCUCACUGUACUUGUUAUAAACGCUGAUUUAAAAUCAUCCGCUCCAUAACACCAUUUCUUUCUACUUUUUGUAAUCUGUGAAUCUCCUCGGCCACAGACGGUUGAAGCGCUGCUGACGAACUAAACGCAGUCGAUUGGCAAAAGUAUUACAAGAAAUAAAACGGUUCCAUGUUGUUCCCGUGAAGGAACAUGAACUAAUAUAAAUUGUUUCAAAAUACAUUGUAACUAACAGAUUGCUUCCGAGCACGAGUGUCACUACAGAGGGGCGUGGCUUCGUGGACGAACCCGUUUCUCAUUGGCUGUCGAGUCUGCGAUCCACUUUUAAGUUGCCACGUUGUCCAAACCGGCCUGUUGUUCCUUUACUGGUUUCUUUUGUCAAAGGAAGCACCUGGUUCUUGCCUUUUUUCCUAGUAGUCUGAAAUGAGACUUUAUGCCUCACACGUUCCAGUUCAUGCUGUUUGGCACUGGUCAGAAGUAUGAAAUACCUCACGGGACGUCCUGCCUACUAACUACGUAAUGCCUCAUUGCAGAGAACACACUGUAACUGUGGAGAGACGGACAGAAUGGCUGAAGCAUCAAUUUUAAGGUUUUACUUAGUGGUUUUUCCAGAAGCUGUUUUCUCCAGGAAAUUUUGUUUCUCUGCCGUUUGUUGUUUUCCGAGUUCUAUUUGCACAUUUAAAGACGAGACGCUUGUAGCAUAAGAGGACAGGAAGUCUCUUAAUAAUCCGUUUUCACCCGGGCGAUAGUUCACCUCAACUUAGUUUAUCCAAGCAAUAUGCGUAAAGUGUUGUUUAAGAGUCCUUUGGUUUUGUCUCACCAUUGUUCCCAGUACAGUGCCGUCGGAAUACCUACGCUAGCCUUGAAGAACCACGACCACUCGCCAUCUGACGCUUUCUGACAUUAUUUAAAAUCCCACAUGUAUUAUUUGUCAUGAUUGAGAUGCUGUUACUGAACCAUAGAUUUCCUGAUGCCACGGUAGCCUACAUGUAAAACGACACGUGCACAUUUGAGUUGAAACCAUCAACUUUAAUUACUUUAUUUUCUAACAACGUUCUCCAUCCGAUCUCCCGUCACUGUGUACAAUCACAGCCGGUUAUUUGUGGCGUGUGUGAAUCUCAGUUCUCUGUAAAUAUUUUACGGUAAUUAUCCGUUGGAUUUAUGUAAAUUAAGAUUUUUUUGGGUAGGAGAAAACUGCUAUUGUGUAUUAAAAAAAGAUAUUUACCACAUGAUUUAAUUUCAACGCCUGCUCACUACUUCAUUCAUAUUUUAUCUAGUAUUUUGUCACUGCAUAGACUACUUGUUUGUUAGCACCUAGUUUAGAAAAUAAGAAUCAUUGCAGUUCAAACUAUUUCAAAUUAAUUAAAAGACUGAAAGAAAUACAAUGUUUGUUUAUUGUCAAAUGAUUUUCUGUAUAGGUAUAUUGAACAAUCGUCGUUUUUAUGACAAACUAACAUUACUUUCUAUGUGACUUUGUAGCGCUGUAAUUAUAUAAUUAUGACAUUUUUAUGUAUUAUACUAUGACAUCCUUUGAUAUGACUUGAAUGGUUUUUGAUUGAAUACUAUGCUACGUAAUAUUUUGGACAUUUUACCACAACUUUAUUACAUUCUGUAAUACCAAUACGCCACAGACAUUCGAACAGACUAUAAAUUCUUCAAGACAUUAUUUCAUCACAUGGUUUACUGUGACAUUUUCUAUUUUUUAUAACAAACUUUGAUUUUCAUUGCUAUGUCUUUUAAUAGCAUUUGCUUAUGUUACACAA